GGAUAUGAAGUUAAGUUGGAAAAUACUGAUGAGGACAAUAAAAAUCUUGGUAGUGAUAACACCAGUAUUAUUGCAACUGAAGGUCAAACACAAAACGUACAACGUGCCUCAUCAACUACUAGUAAUGGAAGCCAAACUAUGAUGGAUCGUAAAUCUGUUUCUAAUGCUACAAAUGCAUUAUACAUUGGCGAUUUAAAUUGGGUAAGUGAUGAUAUUAAUUAA